AUGGUUGCUGCCGCAUACCUCACACUGGUAGUGCAGACCAUCUUCGGCGGUCUAGCAGCUCAUUAUGGAUUUGGAAAACACAGAGUCGACAUACUUACUACCUUUCCGAAGGCGAUGUAUUGGUUCUACCUCUAUCAAAUCUGUUACAAGCUGCUUGGAGGUUUCACCAAACUCUCAUUCUGCUUCCUAUAUUUGAGGAUUUUCCCACUCCAAGAUCCGCACGCCUGGUACCAGAAGCACUUCAAGAAAAUGGUCACUGCAACGGCCUUGGUGACUGGAGCUGGUACAUUCGCCUUCACCAUGGCUACUAUCUUCCAGUGUACACCCAUUGACCGCGCUUGGGAUCGGACAGUCCCAGGACACUGCACAGAUAAUCUGUCAUUCUGGUUCUCUCAUGCUGCUUUCAAUAGCUUCAUGGACAUAAUCGUCUUCAUCCUCCCACUACCGGUGAUUCGGAAACUCAAGGUAAUCCGGAGCGAUCGCAUCGGUCUGAUAUCCACAUUCGCUCUGGGAGCCUUCGUGAUCGCCGCCUCCAUCGCAAGGAUGGGCAACUUGGUGCACAGUGCCGCAAGCACAAGUGACCCGACCUGGGGCAAUCAAAGACCAGAACAACAGCAGAAGUCUGUGCCUGGGGGAGAUCAACCGUCAAGAACAUCCCAGAUCCGCUCCAUAUGGUCUAAACUCACCCGACAGCAGCCAAAGCCUCCACAAAGCAGUAUCGAGCUACGUCCAUACACUUCCGGAAACCUCGCCUUCGUCUCCUCUGCCGGGAGCAAGAAGACCCGCCGAAAUUGGUASGGUGGGCGAUCCCAGCACGAUUCUUGGAACACCGGCGACGAAGAAUCAGGCGAGCCGGUCAGCUAUCUGGCGCCAAAACUCAAGUCUGGGGGACUCUAUAAAAAGAGGAAAGACCCAGAAGGUGCCAUCAUGCGACAACAGGAUGUGAUGGUAUCGACUCGUCGCCGUUCCGAAGAAGAGGAUCCGGAAAGUGCUGAGUUCAGGGAUAUGAUGAAGGGAAGAUUGAACGGCUGA